UUGAAAGGCGGCGGCCCAUUCUGGGUCGGAGCAGCUGGAGGUUCGGAUAACAUGGCGGGUCGGGACCGGAUCGUUCACCUUCUCAGACAGCUGGAGCGCACGGCGUGCAGAUGCCCCGCCCACUCCCACACCUUCCAUCAAGGUAAGCUUCCCAUUGGUCCGCAUGUUGACCAGACCCAGCUGGGCCCGGUCCAGCAGAACCUCCCGGUUCUGAUCCGUGUGUGUGCGUAGGAGCGGCAGCGGCCGGCGACAGGAAGACGGACUACGCCUUCGAGAUGGCCAGCUCCAACAUCCGCUACGGCGCCGGGGUCAGCGUUGAGGUCGGCAUGGCUCCGGUCUCACCUGGGAUCCGCCUCCAGGUUUCACAUGCCGGGUCCGUUUGCAGGACCUUCAGAACCUGGGAGCCCAGAACGUGUGCCUGAUGACGGACCGGACCCUGACCCGCCUGCCGCCCGUGCAGGCCGUCCUGGAGUCCCUGGUGAGGAACCGAGUCCGUUUCCAGGUGUUCGACGAUGUCCGGGUGGAGCCCAGCGACUCCAGUUUUAAAGAAGCAAUCUCGUUUGCGAAGAAGGACUCGUUCGACGUGUUCGUGGCGGUGGGCGGCGGCUCCGUCAUCGACACCUGUAAAGCCGCCAACCUGUACUCCUGCCAUCCUGACGCCGACUUCCUGGAUUUCGUCAACGCUCCGAUAGGGAAAGGCAGGCCGGUGACCAGAACCCUGAAGCCGCUCAUCGCAGUUCCAACAACCGCAGGCACCGGCAGCGAGACCACCGGGGUCGCCAUCUUCGACUACGAGCCUCUGAAGGCCAAAACAGGUAUCGCCAGCAGAGCGCUCCGACCCACGCUGGGCAUCGUGGACCCGCUGCACACUCUGAGUAUGCCCGAACGAGUCGCCGCCAACAGCGGCUUCGACGUGCUGUGCCACGCUCUGGAGUCCUACACCGCCCUGCCCUACAGCCAGAGGGCGCCCUGCCCCACCAACCCCAUCAACCGGCCCGCCUACCAGGGCAGCAACCCCAUCAGUGACGUCUGGUCCCGCCAUGCCCUCAGUGUGGUCUCCAAGUACAUGAAGCGGGCGGUGCGGGACUCGGAGGACUUGGAGGCUCGCUCCAGCAUGCACCUGGCCAGCGUGUUCGCUGGGAUCGGCUUCGGGAACGCCGGAGUCCAUCUGUGCCACGGGAUGUCCUACCCCAUCGCUGGGAAUGUGAAGACUCACACAGCCAGGGGCUACAGUGUGGAGCACCCCCUGGUGCCUCAUGGACUCUCCGUCGUUCUGACGGCGCCGGCCGUCUUCAGCUUCACUGCACCCAUGUGCCCAGAGCGCCACCUGGAGGCCGCUGAGAUCCUGGGUGCAGACGUGCGGCAGGUGAAGCGUGCGGACGCCGGCGCCGUUCUGGCCGACACGCUGCGCCGCUUCCUGUUUGACCUUCAGGUGGAGGACGGACUCGGCGCCGUCGGAUACCAUAAGGACGACAUUCCGGCUCUGGUGAAAGGAACGCUGCCUCAGGAGCGCGUGACCAAACUGUCGCCACGGGCGCACACCGAGGAGGACCUGAGCCGCCUGUUUGAGACCUCCAUGAAGCUGUAUUGAGCCGCCUGCAGCCACCAGGGGGCUCCACCGUCACCCUGCUGUUAAUUAAUCAGCAUUUGGCCGGGUCAGAACCGGGUCAGAACCGGUCUCUAAUGAAUUGUGAUUUAAAGCUUCAUGGAAAACAGAUCCAGAACCUGAAGUUCUGAAGGAAUCAAGUGAUGAUUUAUUGGAUCAGAACCGGGUCGGAUCAGGACAGGUCUCUUGAAUCAGGUUUUAAAUCUUCAGUGAUUUAUUCAUCAAAAACAGAACCUGAAGUUCUGAAGGAAUCAUGUAUUGGACCGGGUUGGAUCAGAACCAGCUGGUUUUGUGAUUUUAACUUUUUGAUCAGAAUAAAAUCGUCUGAAUCUGC